UACAGCAGGAAAGACUGAAUCAUAACUCACAGAGGAGGAGCUGCUGCAUCUCUGACCAUAUGUGUGGUUUCUCCUGAAACCUGCUGUACUCACAUCUUGACUGUGUAGCUCCAGUGAUCUAGACAGUGUGUGAAACACAACUGGAUUUUUUUUAAAUUAUUUUAAAAGCUGUUUCUUUAGUAUCUCUGAUUUUUUUUUUUAAAUAAAAAAAAAACAAAAAAACACAGGAGAACUUCAGUCAGAGAGGCAGAGCGAGAGAAGCGCACCUGAAGUUUUUGGAGCGCGCAUGAUGGCAGCUCUCAUCAGCGCGUACUCGUCGUGGCCGGAGUCCUUCGAGUGUCCUCCAGGAGACGGAGACGCGGCUGAUGGACACGGUCCUCACAGGACAGCCGUGGACAACAAGGCUCCGGAGCCGCGCAUCAGACGGCCCAUGAACGCGUUCAUGGUGUGGGCCAAAGACGAGCGCAAACGACUGGCGGUGCAAAACCCAGACCUGCACAAUGCAGAGCUCAGCAAAAUGUUGGGCAAGUCAUGGAAGGCCCUGACUCCCCCUGAUAAGAGGCCCUACGUGGAGGAAGCAGAGAGGCUGCGGGUGCAGCACAUGCAGGACUACCCCAACUAUAAGUAUCGGCCUCGCCGGAAGAAACAGCUGAAACGCAUCUGCAAGCGAGUGGACCCUGGCUUCCUCCUGAGCGGUCUGGCCCCUGAUCAGAACGCCCUGCCCGAACAGCGGGUCCUCUGUCACCCCCUGGACAAAGACGAGGGCAGCCCCACUGGUAUCAGGUUCUCCAGCCCCAGCCCUGCUCUGCCCAGCGUCAGAAGCUUCAGAGACCCGGCCGGUUCCAACAGCAGCUUUGACAACUACCCAUAUGGUCUGCCCACCCCCCCUGAGAUGUCCCCCUUAGACGCCAUGGACCAUGAGCAUGUGCCCCCUUCUUACUACUCAACAUCCGGUAGCUCCUCCUGCUCUUCCUCCUGCCCAGAUGAGCACCACCAGAAUCAGACACACAUGGGCAGCCCGCCCCCUUACCACACUGACUACACCCAGACCCAAAUCCACUGUGGGGGCACACACAUAGGUCACAUCUCUCACAUGUCCCAAACUGGUGGUGGACUGAUCCCCGGCCAUCCGCUGUCUUACUACAGUACCUCAUUUUCCCCCCAGAUUCACCACGGGCUCCACCAGGGUCACCUGGGUCAGCUGUCCCCGCCACCAGAGACACAGGGUCACCUGGAGACUCUAGACCAGCUGAGCCAGGCAGAGCUUCUGGGCGAGGUGGACCGCAACGAGUUUGACCAGUACCUGAACUCCAAUGGGACCAGCUUCCAUCUUGAGCAGGGCGGCGGCGGCAUGACUGUUACAGGACACAUCCAGUUGGCGCCUGUCACUACUGCUUCCGCGUGUCCCAGUAGCACCACAGAAACCAGCCUCAUUUCGGUGCUCGCGGACGCAACGGCGGCCUACUACAACAACUACGGCAUCUCGUAAGCUUUGGUUACGACACCCAUUACACUUGUGGCUGGUCAGAGACACUACUGGGUUUAAAAUGGGUGAAGAAAUUUGGGAUAAUGUUGCACUUGGGUGUCAGUAAGGCGAAGAUUUCUGUGCUCUCCUGUGUAAUUUCAAAUCCCACAUUAGCGUCUAAAAGCACAUCAUCUCACCAUGAUUAAAACCUGGACUGAUUACUGAGCAAUAUGAUUGUCUGGAGCCGAGGAAAGAACAAAGAGCAAUUGGAGGAAUGUGAAGAAAGGGAGAUGGACACCUCAGGGAUGCAGACACAAUAUACUAUAGUAUGCCACCUCCAGUUGUCAUGACAUUUCUAAAAACCAGAAGAACAAUCGUAAAGACUUGUUGUCCACUUGUAAAUGUCACCAGUUACUGUUGCCGCUGCGGCAUGUACAGACGCUCUUUAGAAGCUAAUUUAAAACCUUUGAUGUUUCGCAUAAAUGCUAACUGUAAUGCUAUUAUCGACGCUUUCAUUCGAAUGUUUGUAUCCUAUGUUCCUUCUCUCAUUAGUUUGGGAGUCUUACCUCAGUAGUUGUAAUUUGAAUGAGGUUUUAGUUUGGACAUUUCUUAUGCAAUUUAACAGAAACGGUGUAUAAUGAAGAAGAAAGGCGUUUAUACUUCCUCUCAAGUACUUAAUAAUAUAUAAUCAUAACCUCUACGAUGAAAAAUAAUAAUGGUAACUAUAACUGUAUGCUGAUUUUAGGUUUGUGAAAGACAAUAAUUUAAAAUAAAGUUCAAUUUUUAUAUUAA